UCUUCAAAUUUGCUCCCGCUGCGUUUUCUGAGUUUGUCUACUUCUCAGAUUAUCCCAAUUCCGACGCUCUUUUACUUUUUCUCCGUCACCUCUCCGGCUAGAUAUUUAUGUUGGCUGUUUGAAAGUGAAUGGAUGAAACAGUGAUUAGUCGUUGUAUGUGGUUAUCCAGCUGAAACAAGAUUGACUGCAUUGUUUAUUUUGGGUUUUUUGUUUCUUGGAAAUUGAAUUUGAUUGGAUGGGGAAAGCUGGAAUGCAGGAUUGGGAUCUAAUGUAUGAUUUAUGUUGUCUAAAUAAAAAGAAGAAGAAGCAUGAUAGGGAAGGUACUGGGCUUGGUGAUCAUAAAGCACUGGAAAGAUGUGUUCUUGUGGAUCAAGAUAAUGCCAAGUUAUCAACAAAGGAGGCUGACGUGGGAGCUGCCUAUAAUCGGGAGAAUUCUAGUUGUAGUGAUGUUGAAGCUGACCCACAAUAUAUGACUUUCUUGGCUAAUGCUAAGCCAGAUGGAACGUCAUAUGUUCUUAAAGCUAGUGAUCAGAAUGGGUUGCCCGUGUUCCUGAAGUAUGAGAAAGGGGACGGAUCUGAUGAUGAGCACGAAUAUGAUGGAGUUGAAAAGGAUCAGAAUAGCGUUAGGGAAAAGUACAAAUUAGGGAGUUCAAAAGCUCUAAACACUUCUGCGAGAAAGAAUAGAAAUACCUCCGUAGUUGAGAAGCAGAAUAUGAAAGAUGAGAUUUUGAGUCAGAAGCAAAGGAGGGAAGAUAGGGAUUUAGUUAACAGAAAGCACAGUACUGAUGUGAAGAUUGUACCUGGUAAGGAGCAGAAGACACAGAAUGGUAGCAAAUUCAUGGACGUGAGAGUAAAGACAGAACCAAAUGAAGAUUCUGAUUCUCUCAAGGAGGAGAUCCCCCAAAGUGAAGUAGAAAUUGUUCAGAACGUUGAUGCAGAGUUAGGCAUGGGCAGUAGCUCUAACCCCUUUGUAUUUCCAGUGGAACAUUGCGAGAAUCUGGAGGAUCCCAGUCAGCCUAUCAGCAACCCAAAUGCGUCAAUUAUGAAUUCUGGCUACAGGAAGGAGGUUCUGAAUUUAUUGAUGAGACCCUAUGAUGAUGAGGAGUAUAAGAAGCUUUGGAAAGAUAUUAAGAUGCCAUGUAGCUCAAUAAAUAGACGUGGAACAUCCCUUCUAUCACUCCAUAAAGGUGUCAAUCGGGAAAUCAAAAGGACCAAUCAUGACAAAGAUAAAAAGUUGAACAUUAUGCGUGGGUUUAUCUUUUGGUUAGAGCAUCUAACUCGGGAAGAUGCGUUCAUGCCUUGGGAGGAUACAGAAUGUCUUCGAACAAUGCCUGGAUCUUCCUAGAAGUCGUUACUUUUUCCCAUUCAUCAAUACCCCCGUGUGCCAUAAAACAAGUGAUAGAAGAAGAAAAUCAAAGGUUACUAUUUCAAUUACUAGUGGAGGACAAUUUUGCUGUGCAUUAUCUUUUUGGGAUAAGUGUUGAAGACAGACAGAGAGAAGAUCAUAUACAUACAUAGGAGAGAAGGUGAAAUUUUCAUUUACAUUCUUAAAACUUGGUUCUGCUACUCAUUGUUUCAAUAUGGUCAACAUUGUUACCUGAAUUUACUGGUUUACAUCUUCCAUUUGGCCAUUGUAAUUGAACCCAAC